AUGGCUGAGCAAACGUUGGAAGACCUUUUGCUCCACGAAUCCUCUAGCCUUACCGUUCCUUGCGACGCUAUGACUACAGCCUAUGACUAUGAUUGCCACACUGAAGAGGACACAGAUUGGAGAGAAAUAGAACAUGGUAUAUACCUCUCAUCAACAGCAUGCUUACACAUCCUUCCCUACGACUUCGGGUCCAGUAAGCACCAGAUGACCGUCCAGGCUCAAAGAAAUAGCAAAAUGGUGAAACUCCACAAGACUGCCUACGGUUACAGAGGAGCCUUCCAUGGAAACACAUAA